AUGGCUGUGUCAAUACUCAAAAAGAAGGAGGAGGAUGACUGGGAUGGAAUGGGGAAUCUGAGAGUCACCAAAAAAGGAAUUCGACUUGAAGGCAUAUCUGAAUUUCUACUUCCCUUGUAUGUGAAAGAAAUACAUUCCCGAAAGGAUAGCCCGCUCGUCUUACAGUCUGACAGAAAUGUAACAGUGAAUGCAAGAAAUCACAUGGGACAGUUAACUGGACAACUGACUGUAGGAGCUGAUGCUGUGGAGGCCCAGUGUAAGAGAUUUGAAGUAAGAGCAAGUGAAAGUGAAAAGUUGUUGUUUUCAGCAGAUGAAGAUGAGAUCAUCAUUGGAGCUGACAGACUCAAAGUAACAGGCACAGAAGGGGCAGUGUUUGGGCAUUCUGUGGAGACACCCCAUAUCAGAGCAGAACCUUCCCAAGAUCUCAAACUUGAGUCUCCAACUAGAUCUUUGAUAAUGGAAGCUCCCAGGGGAGUACAGGUUAGUGCAGCUGCAGGAGACUUAAAGGCAACCUGUAGAAAAGAACUGCACUUGCAGUCCACAGAAGGGGAGAUAUUUUUAAAUGCAGAUACAAUCCGACUGGGAAAUCUACCAAUGGGUUCCUUUUCAUCUUCCCCAUCUAGCUCCUCAACUCCUCGACAGACUAUCUAUGAGCUCUGCGUUUGUCCAAAUGGUAAACUAUACCUUUCCCCGGCAGGAGCAGGCUCUACUUGUCAAUCCAGUAGCAACAUCUGUUUGUGGAGCUGAAAUGAUUCCAGUUUCUCCUCACACCAGAAUAGCCUUUUGUUACUAUCCCUCUGCUUCACGGUUCUGCUUGGUUUCCCUUGUGACAAGUUUGAAGCUUCAAAUGGCCUGCAGAGCAACUUCUUCCAGUGUAAGCAGGAAUACAACGCUGCCUUCUCUUGUGGCUCAUGUUACCACUCAACGUAGAGAUGGGAGUGAGAUACUCAAAAAUAAAUAUAAUCUUCAUCAGGAAACCUGGAUCAUAAUAUCAUCUUUUGUCCUAAAGGGAGAAUAACACAGGUGCCUUUGCUACAUGAAGUGAAGCACAUAGUUUUAGUUUUAUGCAGGACCUGGAUAUGAACUGCACACAUAUAUACAGUACUUAAACAAAUUUGCCCAGAAUUCAUUUGUGAGAUGAAUAGGUUACUCCUGUAUGAUAAUUAACUUUCCUGUCUGAAAGCACAAUUUUCCAUUCAUCUUUUUUGGAUGUAAACUUUUAUCCCUGAAUUUUAAAAUUUUGAAGCAUUGUGUGAUGCUUGCUUUACUAAACAAUUAAAAUUCAGUACAUGGUUUUUAACAAAAAAGAGAGACAGAAUCCCUCCCUGAUUUUUUUGUUUCUUUAAAACAAAUGUGCUGUUACUCUUUGUCUAAUAAGUCUAGGGUUUUGUAUGUUAGGUACAUUUUGGAAGCACUUAGCAAUAUUACAUUUACAGAGUUCAAAGGACAUCGGCUUUUGUUUGUCAGAUCUGAAUAGCCUUACAGAGUAAUUAGUGGGUUAUUGCACAUAAAGUGAUUGCUUUAAGUAAAACAUACAGUUGCUGGAAAAGAAGAACAGGAUAAAGAGGAAAAUAUUGAUUUUAUGGAAAUGACUGAUCAAAUAGAUAAUUUCCAGAAUAUAUAGAAACACUCUUCAGAGGUACAUCUUGUCCAUUUUAUAGCUCUGUGUAUCCGCUGCCAUUUGAACAUAAUACCAACUAAAUACAUAAAUAUUAAUGUACUGUAUAACACCAAGAAGCAAUUCAUUAACAACUGGAAUGGCAGCUUCAGAUUUAUUAUCUGUUCUUUGUUUAUCAUCUGCUAUUAAGAUUUUUAAAAUAGUAUUAAAAAUCGAUGACAUUACAGAGAAUAUUAGUAAGUACAUUGACAUUGCAUUAACUCUACCAAGUCUGUGUUUAGAUAAUGUUAUCAUAGUUCCACUCAGCUCUCAAUAUUAACUCUUUCUGACUAGCUUGACAUGGGAGCUCAGUUCUCUUUCAUUUUUCAUUACUUGUUUGUUUUUUAGUAAUUGAGCUCCUGCAAAAAGACUCUUUGGUAUGUUGUUGAUAAAUAUGUCACACUGCUGCUUAACAAGAGUAUCUUGAAACUUGCAGAAUCCAGGAAUGUAAAACAGAUAAAAAAAAUGUUUCCUAUUGUGGGAAGAUGAUUCAAUAACAGUAAGGUAAGUGUGCUUUUAAAUAUUAUCUUUUUGAGUUGUCCCACUCAGCUCAUAGUUUUCAUUGUGUCUGAUUGUAAGAACACCAAUGCAAUCAUUAGCCUGCAAAGCUAACUCUGAAGCCAAGGAGAGCAGUAAUAGGGUGGUAAAAAUAAAAUUAAAAGUGAAACUUGGCAAGCAUAAUAAUGUGAUUAAUUUUGAUUUACUGUCAUCUAAUAAGGUUUAUUUGGUUCACUAUAGUUGAAAAUCAUCCUUAUAUAGAAGACCAGCAUAAGGCCUAUACAUUGCUUCACAGGUACUUGGCUAUGUUCUAGUCUUAUGUGUAAGGAUGAAUUUCACCCAAAAGAAAGAAGUAUCCCCUCCACUGCUACAUAUUCAGACACGGACUUUAAAUAAGAUUAUUUCACUUGCUGUGAUUUGUUCAGCUAUUAACUAUUGAUUUACAGUAUUUGCUUUGAGACUUUCAUUCCUUGUCUUUAAUAAAACAACUUCUAUUAUUUGUCAUUUGUUUUCCUUUUUUUAUAGCAAGCUCAUUCUCUGUAAUACAGGAAAUAGAGUAGCAGCAUUAUAAGAAGAUUAUAGGAAUUGUCAAUGUAUGCUUGACAUUCAAAUGACCUUAUGAGGAAAGGGAUAUCUUUUAUGUGAGUAAAUAGGUAACAGAAUACAUGUGUAAAACUCAUUAGGACAAAUGACAUUCCAAGGAGAGGAGAAUACCAAUGAGCAUGUGUGUAUGAGCUCAUACAUUCUAUCACCUGUGCCAACAUGAGUAUGUUGAUAGUCUAAAAGAUGCACAAAAAGUUGCAGACACACAUUGAUUCAGUGAAUUUAACCCUUUGUGCUUUUCUCAAGUGUUCUUGAACAGACUGAAUACUUGUUUGCUAUUCAAAACAUACUGAGCAAUGUUUGUGGGAACAAAUGUUAGCCCGUAGGAAUGACUUGCAAUAGAUUGCUGUGAGUAUUCCCCUGAUAUUCAAGCUGUAUGACUGGUCACCUGAAUCAUAGAGUUGAUUAUCAUUUCCCUGGCUGGAUGACCUAAUUUGUAUAAACUACUUCAACUUCUGCGUAAACUGAAAUUCAUUACACUGAGAAAACAAAUUUAAUUAUAUUAUGAGAUUCAUUUUGGCCACGAGACUGAAUUAAUUUUCCACUAGCAUUUAUAUGAAAACAAUUCAGUGUUGCCAACUCUUGCAAAUGUUAAUGUAAGCUUUAUGAAACUGGGUAUUUCACUUUAAGCUCUUGAAAAUAUGUAAGAACCUCUGCAUUCAUUUUUAAAGUACAUUUCUAGCUCUCAGGAUUACAAGUAAAAGCUUAAAAAUGUGACCCAUUUUAAAAAAUGGAAGAAAAAUAACAGGAAAGGAAAAAUAUUUUAAAUUAAUCUCAUGAUUUUUGUGUCCUGGCUCAUGAAUACUGAAUGCUUAAAAUUGGCAGUACUGAGAACCUUAAUAGUAUAUGAUAUGUUUAUGAAGAGUAAAUAGGAAGAAAUGCUGAAACAAACUAUAGUUACAAGUUCCUAAAAUGUUUUAAAUUAACAUUUCUUCUUGUUUCCCAGUUCUACUGGUGAUAGUGCUCAAAAAUGCAAAGUUGCACUCACUCAUGAAUUUAGUUGCUGAUGAAGGGCAAGUGGAUACUCUGGGCAAAUCAAUCACACAGAAAAAGGGAGUGAUAUCACUAUAUUUCUACUAUUGAUUUUAUGAAGUAGUUGUGUAAGCCAAAGGAGGCCGCAUGUGCAAAACUGAAGGAUUUUUUUCAUAACUCUUUGCCACCUGCUAUCUUGCUACCUGCCAACUUGCUGACUUACCCAGACUCUUUGUUUUCUUUAAUAUUUAAUGGCCAUUAUCUACCAUUCUGCUAAUAAUAAAGCAAUUGCAACCCUUUCCACAAUUAAUUUGCUUGACUGGCUGAAUGUUCCAGUGGUCCUCUUUAGAAAAGGCAUGUGCCAUUUUGUCAUGGCUAAGGCAACAUCUUCCCAGUUUCCAGGUCAUUGCAUUGUAACAUCUGUAGGACAGGAGUGAGAAUCCCAAAAGCAUUUUUAAAUCCUUUUCUUUUAAAUUAGUAAAUGUUCUAUUAGGAAAAAGCCUUUAUAUCUCCUCUGAAGUGCUUUAUUAUAUAUAAAUACAUGACUUUUUUUAUUAGCCUGUUAUAUUGGCCACUACACAUGUGGUUUUUUAGUUGACUGACCUCAGAAUUACUCAUAUAGCAACAACAAAAUAUACAGAAGACCUGGUCAGUUACAUGUAUUAAUAUAUAAUAUUAUAGUUGUAAAUAUGUUGUAAAACUGUCUCUGUUCUAAUAGGAAAGGAUACUGUCUCUUUCUUACUUAAAAAAUGAAAAACACUGAAUGACCUCUUUGAGCACUGUUACCUGUAUGGUUUUAUUCUGCAAUUCAUUCAUUGGCUAAAUGUUAAAGACCAAAGACUGACGCUUCUAUUAUAGUUAGUAGUAUUAAACAGCUGCAUCCGCUAAAUCAAUUGAAGGAGGAGAGGAGAAGUUGUAAUUACAACAUGAAACCGUAAUGUACUGUGCAGCAUUUUGAGCUGCAGAUUUUUUCCCAGAGAGCACAGUGGGUCAGUUUUGUCCAAUUACAUUGUUCUUCAGACAUAAGAGGAUCUUUCACUGUUUGAGAUCAUGAGAAGAAAGAAUGUAUAUUCAAAAAUGUGCCAAAAAAUUGCUUACUUCAACUGAAUUUAUAAUGUACAUUGUUUUGCUUGCAUAGUGGUUUGACUAAGUAACAAAAUUCACUUUAGACCAAUUUAGAAACAGGGAGCUAUUUAGUAUGGAUUGAAGAAAGAGCCAGAGGGACUGAAAGAAGUUGAGAUGUAUGUUAAGGAUGCUCAGCUGUAAUAACCUGUGAAAACUUUUUUAGGGUUUCUAAAUCAUUGCCUACGUGUUAACAAAAUAAAAGCAAAUUUAGACUAUUGGAGUUAUCAUCUGGUUCACUGUAAUGCAGAUACAAGCAGUAUAAGAGUUUAGGUGUCAUAUUGUUUAAAAACACACUUCAAAAAAGGUCUGCCAACCAUUUUUGUUUUCUUUUAUUAACUAUCAUGUGAAUGUUUUUCUUGUGUGUAUAGAUAUAUAAAAAGAUGGAAAUAUUUUCUUACACAUACUAUGCAAUAUGUUUGUAAAAUUGCAAUAUUACCAAAAUUACAAAAGCUGUGCUUUUGUACUCUUGCUUUAUGUAAAACAAAUCUUUUUCUAUUUAAAUAGAUUGUUUGUCUUAUAAAUUGUAGAUAGCAUAUUUAUUCAAAAACAGUAUACUGUAUAUUCAAUAAUUUUUUGUUUGGUUUGAUUUUUUUGGUGAAAUAAGAGCAAGGUUUUGGAAGUUGGAAAUAACUUUUGUUGAAAAGAUGGUACUUCUGCAGCAUGUAAUUCAUAGAAUUUACAAUCUGUACUGUACUUCUUUGUAUUUGGUUUUAGUAUUUUCAUCUGGUGCUACUGUAUAACCACAAUUAAAUGUGAUAGGCAAAAUAGGAAAAUAAUUAACCAAAUUCAUUCAAAAUGUUUAAAUGGGAGUGAAUAGAAAUGUUGCUACUGAUGACCAAUGUGUUAUUUUCCAAACAGUUUAUAUUUAAAGAUAACUUCUGUUAACAAAUUUCCUAUUGUUUGUCUACAUUUUCAAUUUUGUAGUUUUUCUUGGUUCAAUCUAAUUUUCUCAACUACAUGCAAAACAGAGAUGUCUGGAGAUGGAUUUUUUUUAAACUGACUACUUUGCAAACAUUUAAUCCUGCAAAAUACAUGUAUUUUAAUUUCAAGCCAAUCUUAGAGAUAAUAAAACUAAGAGCAUGAUUCUAAUUUAUACUAAUGCCACUUUAUAUCACUCUUCUGAAGAAAAGGAGCCUUGAAGUCAAUACAGAUUACAUUUGUACCUAAUUGGAUACCCCUUAGCCCUUGAGCUAGUUGGUUUUUUUAAGAUGAAAAGCUUUUUGGUUGAAGAAUCCUAUGGUGUUGAAAGCAAUACUGUUUGCAAAAAUGGGUCAAUUUUAAUGAAUCUCCCAACUAAAAAUAUUCUAGAAAAAAGUUUUUUAAAGAUGUUUAAUUUCAAUACUUUUGGGGGAAAAACA